CCCCUUGACAUGAUGGACGCUCUAGGCACGCCCGCGACAGUCCUAAGGUGUUUAAUAUACUCUGGACUGCUGAGCUGAGGUGAGACUAGUCCUGGUAGGAGGGUCUCAUCGCUUUAGAUUGAGCACAUGGCUUGGCUGUCAAUUCUGCGGGGCGGCUUCAAUGCCUUAUUCUAUCCUACUCUUUACCUAGUGCGCGGGGCAUAUACACUGCUGCGCAUUCUGACCUCGCCGUUGAGAGCAUUGGGCUAUUUCGCGGUUCAAAUCAUCCUGCUGCCUUUGAGGAUACUUGUCAAGCUUGAGGCCCUAUUUGCCUUCCUUGCGAUUGCCAUCCUGGCAGGAGUCGGCAUUGGAUUGAUCUUGUUCGGCACGACUACAAUUACCGUCGAGACAGCAGAUCGGCUGGUAAAGUUUAUACUGGGUACCGCUGCCCGAAAGUUCUAUGGGAAUGACGAUGAUCUCCCCGACGACACUGCGAAGACGACGCCUUCUGCAAGCGAUCCCAGUACCGAGGAUGACUACUUCACAGCUUGGCACGGGAGGCAAGCUUCGAGGGAUCUAAGGAAGGCUGCUCUUCUAGCCGACACGAUUGUCGAGGAAGAGGAGGCCAGCCGCAGCUCGAGUCAUUCUAGAUAAAAGUCCUUCAAAUCCAAAGCAACGAAGCCAUGAUGCAGUGUACAGGCCUAACAUGCUUCUUCACGAACCACGUUUGCUAGUGAUGCAAUUGAUCUGAUUAGUUUA